AUAUAGUGUAUGACAUAUUUAUAAAUCAAGUAUAUCUUUCUAAGUAUUGUAAAUCUUACAUGAUCUCUUACAUAAAAUGUGAGAGAUACAUAAUGAUUAAACGAUCGAGAGAAAUUUUGUGCAAAAUGAUACUUAAUCGCAUGCAUCGCCACUCUAUACGAAAAAAGAAAACCAUUUUUAUUACGUUUUAAGACUUUUUAUUCUCUGUAUUUGUACAUUUUUAUAUAAAAUUUUGCACGUGAAAUGCUACCCAAGUAUAACUAUUUCUUUUACGCAAAUGCAUGCCACGUUUGUAAAAAAUUUAGCGGAGAAAUCUCUUUAAAAAGAUGUGGUAAUUGCGCCAUGAUCUCCUAUUGUUCCAAGGAACACCAAAAACUACAUUGGCCACAGCACAAAGAUUUAUGCAAUGCAAUACGCAGUGUUUUAGAAGACAACACGCUUUCAAAUUUUUUAAAUGACAAACAGCAUGUUAACUCCGAAACUUGCGUUCAAAUGAAAAUGAAUUUCAUGUUACUAGUAGCAAUAAAGAUUAAUAGAAAAUUAGAAUACUAUGAAGAACAAAUGUUUAAAUUCCUUAGAUUAUGUGUUAGAUGUCAUGAUCCAAAUGCAAAAGUUCUUGAAAAUUGUCCCAAUUGCCCAAAUGCUAGUUUUUGCACAAAUCACAAGGAUGAUAUUGUACAUAAGAAGUAUUGUAAUCUAAUAAAAUUAUGUUUUAAUCUAGAUGUAAUCUCAAUAACAAACAAAAGAAAGAUACCAGAAAUUAAAAUACCAUAUCAUAUAAAUUACGUACAUUUGCCACGAAACAUGCAGGACUUCAUAAAUUCUUAUAUUGAGCCACAGAAGGCUUCACAGAUAUCAAUGGUAGAAGGAACAAUGAUUAAUUCAGAAUAUCUUACACGACCUUUAACAUUUCUUUAUGCGAUAGAAAAAUUACAAUAUCUUUUGAAUGGUAAUAGUAUCAUUGUUCAUGUUAUUGCAGCCAAUAUGAUAGAUAUUGAUGGUAUAGAACUUUGGGAAAUUUUAUUACAUUGGUUACCACAUAUAACAAGCAUUAAAAUUUUUUUUAUAGGACCUGAAUUAUAUGUAGAUUCCGUAUUAAUAAAUCUGUGUAAGGAAUGUCAAUAUAACAACAAAAAAUGUUCAAUUCAAAUAUGUAGCAUGUUUUAUGACAACUAUACAAACAAUGAUUCAUAUGUAAAACCACAUUUUAUUAUUGGAUAUAAUGCAGGAAUACAUGAGUGUGAAGAUUUUAAAUCUGAAAAUUAUUCGUGGAGACAAUCUUUAGAGAUAGUAGCUGUACAAAAUUGCCCAUUGAUUCUAACAUCUUAUAUUUCAACUGAAGCAAAGAAAGAACAAAUCAGACUCAAUGAAAUUUUAAACAAUCAUGUGAAGUAUACAUAUUUUGGAAGAAAUCCAUUUUCUAGUUUAAGACCAUACAGAGAUUUUGAAAAUGAUGGAGUGUAUUAUCAAAAUCAGUACAUAAUUAUUUAUAAUAAUUUAAAUACACACCAAUAAUUGAUAUCCAUAGACUAAAUUUAUAAUUAAUAAAAAAAAAUGUAUUUGAUACA